GUCGCCCGCCGCCGCCGCGCUCCCGCUCCCGCCCCCCCUCCGCCACACAAAGGCAGCCGCAGCUGGACGGGCGAGGGACCGCGCUCCACGCCAGGGCUCCGGUGCCGCGUCUCGGCUGGUCUUCUCCAUACUCAUGAACAUACAAAGGUCAACCCCUAUCACGAUAGCACGAUAUGGGAGACCGCGGAAUAAAACCCAGGAUUUUGAAGAGCUCUCGUCCAUACGGUCCAUCGAGCCAAGCCAGAGUUUUAGCCCGAAUCUAGGCUCGCCGAGCCCGCCGGAGACCCCGAACUUGUCGCAUUGCGUUUCUUGCAUCGGGAAAUACUUAUUGUUGGAGCCUCUCGAGGGAGACCACGUUUUCCGAGCCGUACAUCUGCACAGCGGCGAGGAGCUGGUUUGCAAGGUGUUUGAUAUUGGCUGCUACCAGGAGUUAUUAGCACCAUGUUUUUGUCUGCCUGCGCAUAAAAAUAUCAACCAAAUUACUGAAAUAAUUCUCGGGGAGACAAAAGCGUAUGUGUUCUUUGAAAGGAGCUAUGGGGACAUGCAUUCGUUUGUUCGUACCUGCAAGAAGCUUAAAGAGGAGGAGGCAGCCAAACUCUUCUAUCAAAUAGCUUCUGCUGUUGCACACUGCCAUGAUGGUGGACUGGUACUGCGGGAUCUCAAGCUGCGAAAGUUUAUUUUUAAGGAUGAAGAAAGGACUAGAGUGAAAUUGGAAAGCCUAGAAGAUGCUUAUAUUUUAAGAGGAAAUGAUGACUCUCUUUCUGAUAAGCAUGGAUGCCCAGCCUAUGUGAGUCCAGAGAUCUUGAACACAAAUGGCAGCUACUCUGGCAAAGCAGCGGACGUGUGGAGUCUAGGUGUCAUGCUUUAUACCAUGCUGGUCGGACGCUAUCCUUUCCAUGACAUUGAGCCUAGUUCCCUGUUCAGCAAGAUCCGUCGUGGGCAGUUUAACAUUCCAGAAACUCUAUCCCCUAAGGCAAAAUGCCUCAUACGUAGCAUACUGCGUCGAGAGCCAUCAGAAAGGCUGACUUCACAGGAAAUUCUGGACCAUCCAUGGUUUUCUACAGAUUUUAAUGUAUCGAAUUCAGGAUAUGGUGCUAAGGAAGUAUCAGAUCAGCUGGUGCCUGAUGUCAACAUGGAAGAAGACUUGGACCCAUUCUUUAACUGAGCACAAAGACUGGUGUUCAGAAGGUACACAACCUGGAGAUGGACACAUGAAGGAGCCCUUCCUGACCGCGUUUAAUCACAUCCUGCAUCAGCCUAGCUUGGUAGCAAAAGACACUCAGAGGUCCUCGGAUUGAGAAGGAACCUCCACAAGGAGCUAAUAUAACAAAUGUAGCAUGGGGACAGAUUGGGGGGGCGGGGGGAGCUUGCUAUCAGGUUAGAUUGAUUUGGAGGAGAAAAGGCAGCAUGGAGCAAUUGUAGCUUCACCUUUUUGGAGCCAAGGAGACUGCACAUGCCAAUUCUGGUGCAGCUGUAUCACUCCUGUUUCUGUUCUAUUAAAAACAGUGGUAACUCACAACAAAUAGAAACUUUUUUGCCUCAGCUCACAUCUUGGCAUCGCACUGUUAGAUAUUCAACUUCAGCCAUUAUUCAGGGAAAAUACAAUUGGCUAACUUUUUUAAUCGGAUGUCUAAUAAUUAAUGGGAUUAAUACAAGAAAAAAAUUAGGUGCACAAAGACGGACAUGAAAAGUGGGUGCUAAAAAAAAGCAAAAUUUCAGUUCAUGUCUCUUGAUAGCUAUUUUCAAGUCAUUUCUUCUAAAUAAACUACUUAAUAUUCUUGUCAGGAAAUGACAUUUUAAUGCGUUGUUCCCUUAAGGGGAAGUAACUGUCAUUUAACAGGCUGUUCUGUUUUGUGUCAAAUGGUUUGUUGCAGGAAGCUAUUAUAACUCGAACUUUCAACUGCAUUACUGCUAUAAUAGGAGAAAAAAAGAAUAAAACUGUAUAAUUUUUUUUUUAAA